AUGGCAGGGCGGCGGCUGCCCGCGCUGCUCCUGCUGCUGCUGGUGGCGCCGGCGGGGGGCGGCGGGCGCGGGGGCCGGGGCGAGUACUGCCACGGCUGGCUGGACGCGCGCGGCGCCUACCACGACGGCUUCGCCUGCCCCGAGCGCUUCGACGCGCCCGACGCCGCCAUCUGCUGCGGCUCCUGCGCCCUGCGCUACUGCUGCGCCGCCGCCGCCGCGCGCCUGGAGCAGGGCGGCUGCAGCAACCACCGCGAGCCGCGGGCGCCGCCGCCCGCCGCCCAGCCGGUCUACGUGCCCUUCCUCGUCGUGGGCUCCAUCUUCCUCGCCUUCGUCCUCGUGGGCGCCCUGGUCGCCGUCUACUGCUGCACGUGCCUGCGGCCCAAGCACAGCCCGCCGCCGCCGCCCCUGCGCGUCUCCCUGCGCAGCUCCGCGCCCGAGGCGCUGCCCAUGGUCCUGCCCGCCGCCGGCCUUCGCCCGCCCGCCGCCGCCGCCGCCCGCGCCUUGCCCUCGGCGCGGCCCGAGCCCGAGCCCGAGCCCGGCGCGCUGCUGGCGGCGCCCCCGCCGCCCUACACGGCCGGCUGCGCCCCCGCGCCGCCCGCCGCGCCCGGCUUCCUGCUGGCGCCGCCCUACUUCGGCUACCCCGUCCCGCCGGAGGCAGCCGCGGCCGGGAAGACCUGCCCCGACUGCGGGCCCAGCUGAAGGGCGUCUUCCAGCCUCCGUCGCGGCUCCGCGCCGGCUCCCGGGGCCGCGAGGGGCGAGGGGCCUUUUGGCAAGGGCAGGCGUCCCCUAGAAGCCGCUUUGCCUGAAGAAACGUUGGUAGCUGGGGGCCUGGGGUGUAGGCGGGGAUUGUAAACGCUUGGUUUCCCCUCUCGGGGAUUUUUUCUGAUGCGUGCAGACCGCUGUGGAGAGAGAAGCAGACUGAGACCCCCUUCGGCCAGCAGGUAAUUCCCAAAAUAGCUCCAUUAGGAACGAUAUUUUAAGCCCAAGUGCCGUCUAAGCGGAUUUCCCAGACCUCGUCUACCUUCCCUCAGCUCCCUCAGUCACGAAGGGCUCCGGGAUUUCACUCCUGAAACACACCUGCAAAACCCCAACCAGCCGUAAAGAAUAGGGCCCCUGUGCUUAGGGACACAGAAGCUGGGGGUUUUUAAUGGGAAAAUGCACAUAAUACAACAGGUUAUGUUACUUUGUCUUACUUCACUUCUGUAGGUAAACUGUUAGCAAGGUAGAGAGCCAGACAAGGUAGCACUUACUAAAUUUCAUUAAACACAUGGGGCCAAAUUCCCAACCACUAGAGAAUUGCCCACGGCAAAAAAGAGUACAGGCUGGACAAGAGCUUUGAUUGCUAGUGUAAAAUGCUAUAGGGGGUGUGAUGGUGAAGCCUGCUUCAGAAGGGACUAUUUAUUGUAGGCUUUUUGUUCAAUAACAUUUAUUUAAGGAAGGGGGACAAACAGAUCUGAAAAUAUUCGAUUUGUAAAAAAUUAGUGGUGUAUAAAAUGUAAAGACAGAUUUGUAAUUUAAAAUGUAUUUACAAUGACAACACUAAUUAUUUGGUAGUCACUGAUUUUUUUAUGUCAAU